AUGGAGCGGAUUACAAUCGACGUAGGAGGGGUACGGUUCACUACCCUAAGAAGCACGCUUGAGAAUAUCCCCAAAACAAAACUGGCGGAUCUUACCCGAUAUAAAACAAAGAAUUAUGAUGCUGGAGCUAAUGAAUUCUUCUUUGAUAGAAAUCCUCUUAUUUUUGCAGCCAUUUUAGAGUUUUACCGCACAGGGGAUCUGCAUAUACCUACCAAUAUAUGUGGCCCACAAGUAAAGACGGAAUUGGAUUUCUGGGAAAUCUCCGAGGACUUUAUCUCCCCGUGUUGUUGGAGGGCUUACAAAGCGUAUGAAGAAGAGGAGGAAACGAUGAAGAUGGUAGAAAAGGCAAUGGGAUUCGACGACCCAGCUAUGCCGUGCCUAGAGAAGAGCGGAACGCUGACUUAUUCGGAUGUACAAUGUACACGGACAUACCUGUUUAAGAUAAUGGACGUCCCAGGAUGUAAUCGCUAUGGAAAGGUGAUGGCAGCAAUCUUUUCUCUGAUGACACUUAUGACAAUUGUUGUCUUCACCCUGGAGUCUGUACAAGAACUGAGAAUCCCAAUUCCAAACAUACCAAAUACAACAAUACAACUCCUACAAGACUACUUCGGUCACAGCAAAUACAGCCACUUCAGCGUAUAUAUCACCACUGAUCCGCCAUUGUGGCUCUAUGUCAUCGAUAUCAUCUGCGAUGUUUACUUCACCUUCGAGUUCACCAUUCGAUUCCUUUUGUGUCCUUGGAAGUGUGAAUUCUUCAAAUCAUUUCUCAAUUGGAUCGAUGUAUUUUGUAUCAUUCCAGCUUGGGUUCGACUUAUCAUCCGAUUCGCCUUUUUUGAAAUGCAUACAAAUGUGAAUGCAAUGCUGGCCUAUUGUUUUUUGAGUAGUUUUAAAAUUCUUAGAAUUUUCAGACUUUUUAAGGGGAUUAAGCAUAACACUGGUCUACGAGUGAUGUACUUCAGUCUGCGUGCUAGUAUCAAAGAGCUCGGACUCCUUAUGUGCUUAUUAGCGGUGUCCACAAUUGUAUUCGCCUCAAUCAUCUUUUUGGCAGAGCAUGAGAACCAUCAAUUCUCUAACCUAUUUCGUGGCUUCUGGUACUCCAUCAUUACUAUUACGUCAGUGGGCUACGGGGAUAUCACUCCACUAAGUUGGCCAGGGUAUCUGAUUGGAGCUUUAUGUGCAAUCACCGGGAUGAUCAUCACUGCCUUGCCGAUACCCAUCAUAGCCAGUAACUUUAACUUGUAUUAUUCAUUUGCACAAAUAAGACACAAACAAUACAAAAAGAAACAAAAUGAAAGUGGCAAGAAAUGUGCUGGUGUAAAUGGAAAGGAAAAAUUUCAAACAAUUCUUGAUCUGAUAAACAAGCAUACAAGUUCAAAGGUAACUGAUCAAUGCAAUUUUUAAGCCCAAUACCAGGAAUUUAUAUAUCUCCAGUGGUGUAGACAGGAGCUACUAAUGAGCCAAAAUAGAGGCAAAACUUAAGCAAAGAGGAUAUAUUUUUUGUUACAUUUUGGUGAGGCAUGUAGUGAGGCAAAUGCCUCAUCUGCCUCAAUACGAAACCAAUGAUUUGUGUUCUGUA